CCGAGAACUUUCCUAAGGGGCAACCAUGCGGAACUAUUACUGCACUAACGGUGCUAUCCGGAGACUUUAGCUGGGCACACAUCUCGUCUCCAGCUGUGGUACAGAUACGAUGGAUGGAUUCCACACAUCAACAUUGAACCAAGAUGUUCUAAAGAUAAUUGUGAUUAAAGAAGAACCUCCUGAAGAACAGAGUGCUGAUGUGGACCAGCAGGACCCGGAGCACCUCCACAUUAAAGAGGAACAGGAGGAACUCGAGACCAGUCUGGAGGGAGAGCAGCUGCAUUUGAAGGAGACUGAUUCCUCCAGUUUCCCCUUCACUGUAGUUUCUAUAAAGAGUGAAGAUGAGGAAGAGAAACCUCUGUUCUCGCCGCUUCAUCAGCAGGAAAUGGAAGACAGAGAUGUCCCAGCCAGCAGCUCAGCUCUCCAGAUGACAGCAGAAACUGGUGGAGGAGCAGAAACUAUCAGGAACCCAGAUCUUAACCAUCAUGGGAAGACAACUGAUUCUUCAGAGUUUGAAGUUAGUGGAGAUGAUGAUGAAGAGGAUGAAGAUGUGAAUCUAGACUCUGAGUUGUCAGACUCUGGGUCUGAAACUGAAGACAGUGACUGGAGUGAGAGCAGCUCUUCGGAGUCAGACGCUGAGACUGUCAACAAGUCCUUAAGCUGCCCUGAGUGUGGUGAAGAAUUUCUCAACAAAUGGUCUCUCCAGGAACACGUGAGAGUGACAAGUCAUUCAGCAGUUAGGUCUUCAUGCUGUUUGGUUAAUAAGAAAUGUGUCGGAGCGAAGAAACAUGCAAACCCAUGCCAGAAAGUCCAGACAGACCUAAAGCCAUUUAGUUGUGACGACUGUGGAAAAAGAUGUAGUACAAAAUCAAAUUUAAACCGACAUAUGAUAGUCCAUACGGGGGAGAAGUCUUUUGCUUGUGAUCUCUGUGGACAAAGAUUUAGCCAAAAGAGAAGUUUAAACAGACACAUGAUAGUCCACACUGGCCAAAAGCCUUUUGCUUGUGAUCUCUGUGGACAAAGAUUUAGUCGUAAGACAAGUUUAAACAGACACAUGAUAGUCCACACAGGACAGAAGCCUUUUCCUUGUGAGCUCUGUGGAAAAAGAUUUAGCCUAAAGCAAAAAUUAAGCAGUCAUAUGAGUGUUCACACUGGACAGAAGCCAUUUUCUUGUGAGCACUGUGGAAAAUCAUACAACCUUAAGACAAGUUUAAGCAGACACAUGAGAAUCCACACUGGACAAAACAUGGAAGUCCACACAGGACAGAAGCCUUUUCCUUGUGCGUUCUGUGGAAAAAGAUUUAACGAUGAAAAGAGUUUAAACAUGCACAUGAGAGUCCACACAGGACAGAAGCCUUUUCCUUGUGAGCUCUGUGGAAAACGAUUUAACUAUAAGACAAGUUUAAACAUUCACAUGAGAGUCCACACAGGACAGAAGCCUUUUUCUUGUGAACUCUGUGAACAAAAAUUUUGCCAAAAGUCCCAUUUAAACAGACACAUGAGUGUCCACACAGGACAGAAGCCUUUUGCUUGUGACCUUUGUGAACAAAAAUUUUGCCAAAAGUACCAUUUAAGCCGACACAUGAGUGUCCACACGGGACAGAGUCCUUUAACCUGUGAGAUAUGUAAACAAAUAUUUAACAGUAAGACAACUUUAAUCAAUCACAUGAAAGUCCACAAAGGGUAAAAGUCUUGUGACGUCUGUGGACAAAGGUUUAGUCUACAGCAUCAUUUAAACAGACACAUCAAAGUCCACACAGGAUGGAAGCCUUUUACUGGAGACGCUGCUGCGCAGUUCUGAGAUCUCCAACUCCAAUUGUGCUUUUAGGUGCUCUCUGAUGGUGAUUAGUAAUGGAGAGCAGCUGGGAAGGCAAGAGCGAAUAGGGAACAGGCUGCUCUGCAGGGAGCAUUAGCAGGAUCUGCCUGGAGUUACAAGCCUCUCCCAGCAACCGGUCUGUGCCAGAGCUUUGGGAAUUUUAACAUUACUUUGAAUUGGGGAUGCACCGGUAUCGGCACCGUUACGAUACCAAUACCAGUAUCGGUAUCGGUAAAAGUUAACCGAUACCAGGAACCGAUACCAAUGCAGUUGCUUGAAAAUGGCUUCACUGUAACUUGUCAUUUCUGUUCACCUAAUAUUUUAGUUUUGUGAUGUUAUUUUACUUUUUAUUUACCUCACAGUCUUUUCCUGUUGAAAGCAGAGAAGAAAAUAAAAUCUGUAUUCCCAAAUCAUUGCCUUUUUUUGUGUGGUAGAAGUAUCGGUAUUGGUAAUUGGUAGUACUCAGAUCCAAGUAUCGGUAUCGUAUCGGUUUGGAAAAAAGUGAUAUUGUUGCAUCCCUGCUUUGAAUGCUGAAAAGAGUUUUGUUUUAGUUUUGUUUUCAGUACUAGGUGUUGUUUGCUCCGAGGAGCUUUGUUUAAUUUAAUCAGUGGCUUUGAGCCUUAUUUAAGUCAAGUUUAGUUGUUAAAACUUUGAACGGUAAUUUAUUUUAUUGUUAGAAUUACCACCCUAAUGGUUUACCCUGAGUUUAGCCUAUUGUAAUAAAAGUAGUUAGCUUAAAAAUCUCACACGCCCCUCUCCUAUGUUAUGCUGUCCACCACCAGUUGUAACAUACAGCAUCAUUUAACCCUCUCAUGACCGUAAUUGUAACUGGGCUACCUGGUAUUUAUUUAUUUUAUGAUUGUAAAGUUGCAAUAAAAAGUGCAGAAUGUUGGUAA